ACUGCGGCCGCAGGGCAAAAAGACGCCAGCCUGGAAGCAAAAAAGACGUGGCUUCAACAUUCAGACCUCAACAAUUCACCAGGCUGUCAACGUUGGUUUCUUAUCUAUCUGUCUAACUGUGUUUGCUGGAAAGACGGCAUCUGUGCGAAGACCGUCUUUCCCUUCAGCACAAUCUCUUUCGUCUUGUGAAGACGCCGGCGCAUGCGCAGACCUUACGUUUCCUCAUCUCUACCGACAACUGUUGCCACUAUGGACGGGCCUGAGCCUGACACGACUCCUUUCGACGCGAUCUCUGCACAGAGCAACAAAUUGUUGAGACAAUAUCAAACCUACCUCGACAAGUCCACCCCCUACGUCUCCUAUCGUUGGUGUGCUACCGGGGCGCUACUCGUCCUCUUCUUCCUCCGGAUAAUCGUCGCUCAAGGCUGGUACAUUGUCGCGUACUGUCUCGGCAUUUACCUACUCAACUUGUUCCUUGCCUUUCUUCAGCCCAAAUUCGACCCAAGCUUGUCGCAGGAUGAAGGUAUAGAAGAUGGCGAGGGCUCUGAAUUGCCAACGAAACAGGAUGACGAGUUCAGACCAUUCAUCAGAAGGUUGCCUGAGUUCAAGUUCUGGCACGCCGCGACCAGAGCUGUCACCAUUUCCUUCUUCUGCAGUUGGUUCGAGAUCUUCAAUCUACCCGUCUUCUGGCCCGUGUUAGUCAUGUACUGGUUGAUCCUCUUUUCUUUGACGAUGAGACGGCAGAUUCAGCAUAUGAUCAAGUACCGUUAUGUUCCAUUUUCCUUUGGCAAGGCCAAAUACUCCGGCAAAUGAUGAAUAGGAUCGCUGUUGAUGAGCAAAUGACUCUUGAUUUGGGAGAUAGAGGGGCCAUCUAGUUCAACCCGAGAAGGCGUACAACAAGUUCCUGCAGGAUGUACAGUACGAGUUGGGAUGGUCUACCAUGUGAUUGAGAUUGACGACGAAAGCUUCCACAGACCUAAUUAAUCCAUCGUCAACAAAAGAGUUCUUUACGAUCGAAAGCUGACACUUUGGGGCCAGUAGAUUCAAUUUCGAACCUUCUUUCUUUCAUACUA